AUGCUCAUUCUAUGCUAUCUCGAAGAUUCCUCUGUUUUGUUCGAUCCUAAGAUUCAGCACUAUUUCGAUGUCUCUUUAGACCAGGCGAUCCUUCCCUUCCUCAAGCAAAUCCACGCCGUUGGAGCAGAGGACUCAAGCGUUGCUCUGAUACGAUGCGAUAGAAGAGAAGCAGUGGUCUCAGAGCGUGAGCUCUCCUACCGCACUGCCAGGCUGACAGCUGAUGACGUGGUCUUCAUCCAGCGCAAUCAAUCCUGCGGCACUGAGAUGGAGGUGAUCUUUCAGAACAAGUUCUUCAUAGGAAACCUUGUUGAUCACAAGAGACAAUUCCUCGAGCAGCCUCCUGUCAUCACCAACAUUCUCCCGGACUUCAAGGUCUCUGUCAGCCAGAAAGCAUGGCAGUACUCAACUAGCUCGAAAGGCUCCCUACUGUUCAUCGGGACCUUUCGACCGAACAAACCGUACUUGUGGGUAGACGGUGAAGCUAUGCAGACGUGCAGAUCACGGCCAAACUGUGAGCAUGCGGGACAAGGCUUUCAUCUCACUGCGUACUCGUUUGCGGAGAAGCUUCUCAAAGCCCUGUAUCAAUCCUCAGAUCUCAAGGGCAUCUGCCGCUUUCUCUGUCGGAUAGGAGCUCUGCUGCCCAACAUGAAUGCCUAUCAAGCAAGCUCUCAAGCCGAUAAGCGAUGCAGAUACAGCAAGCAAGCGAUGAUAAAUCAGCUGAUGAACGUGUCCGUAAUGCGAGGGUUCGAUGGAGUUGUAGAGGAAUUGGCGAACAUAGCUCUCAUGUUCUAUCAGCGUAUUCCCUACAUCUCGGUUGACCUCAAGGGAUUAUUGGAUGCCGAUGUCGGUCAAGCAGAGGAAAACAACACGACUAAGAGCGCUGAGAAGUCUAGCGACUUCAUCGACUUCCAUGCACUUGUGAUCUUUGCCUUUCAAGAGCAAGUGCAUCUGGAACACCUGCUGACGUUGUCUAGCUCUGAAGAGCAACCUAGUCUUCAAAAGCUUCUAACAUUGUUAGCCAGACAUCUCUUUCUUUGUCCCCGAGGACUCACGAAUGCUCAUAAGGGAGGCUACAACGAGGAAGAGCUAUCAGACAAAGAAAUAACAGAGAUCAUAUCUAAGUCCUUCGAAAGCCCACGCUCGCCUUCCAAGGAGCAGGACACGUCGGGUGAGAACCCAACGAAGAAGACGCUCCUUGGAUUGUCGCGGGAAAGGGCUGAUGACCUGAAGAAAGGGAGAGUGCUGCUAGAAACCACGAUAAGGAACAAGAUCAUACAGAUGCGGGACGAGUGCACACGCUUCCAAGAGAAUGUACAUCACUUAUUUGAUCUUGCGCUUUGA